UGUCUAGAAGCAAUCCCUACUACGGUUGGAAUCCAGCCAGCAGGGUUUGGGCCCGCGCGGCCGCUUUAAGAGAGGGGCGGGGCCCGGCACAGGCGAGGCAGGGCCUGCCCACAAGGCUGCUUUUCCUUUUUGAUCCAUUCAAAAAUUACUCAUUGCAAAUUCCCGGACAGCUCGGGGAGGAGAAGCCGGGGGGCGGAGGAGAGAGAAGGCUGCAGCGGCGCAGUGUUGGGACUCCGGGGCACAGCGGGCUUAGGUCGGUCCCGCAGAAGCCGCCAGCCGGUGCCGAGCUCCCGGGGCCUCUCCAGGAAGCGCCAGUCUCCGCCCGGGGAGCUGGGAGCACCGCCCCCGCCGUCCUCCCGGGACCCCCAGCUCCGGCGCGCGGGCGAUGGGCGGCUGCUGAGCGGGCACUCGGCACCGCGACCCCAGCCCUCGGCAUGGCCGCGCGUGAGGAGCUGUACAGCAAAGUCACCCCGCGCAGGGACCGCCUGCAGCGCCCGGGCACCGUCAAGCAUGGGUCGGCGCUAGACGUACUCCUGUCCAUGGGCUUCCCCCGCGCCCGUGCACAAAAAGCUCUGGCAUCCACAGGAGGAAGAAGCGUUCAAGCAGCAUGUGACUGGUUGUUCUCCCAUGUCGGGGACCCCUUCCUGGAUGACCCCCUGCCUCGGGAGUAUGUCCUCUACCUCCGCCCAACCGGCCCGUUAGCCCAGAAGCUCUCUGACUUCUGGCAGCAGUCCAAGCAGAUCUGUGGGAAGAACAAGGCCCACAACAUCUUCCCCCACAUCACCCUCUGCCAGUUCUUCAUGUGCGAGGACAGCAAGGUGGAUGCCCUGGGGGAAGCCCUGCAGACUACUGUCAGUCGCUGGAAGUGUAAGUUCUCGGCCCCCCUGCCCCUGGAGCUCUACACCUCCUCCAACUUCAUUGGGCUCUUCGUCAAGGAAGACAGCGCCGAGGUCCUCAAGAAGUUCGCUGCUGACUUUGCGGCAGAGGCUGCGUCCAAAACAGAAGUGCACGUGGAACCUCAUAAGAAACAGCUGCAUGUGACCCUGGCGUACCAUUUCCAGGCCAGCCACCUACCCACUCUAGAGAAACUCGCCCAGAACAUCGAUGUCAAGCUAGGGUGCGACUGGGUGGCCACCAUAUUCUCUCGGGAUAUUCGAUUUGCUAACCACGAGACGUUACAGGUGAUCUACCCCUAUUCCCCGCAGAAUGAUGAUGAGUUGGAGUUGGUCCCUGGGGACUUUAUCUUCAUGUCUCCCAUGGAACAGACCAGCACCAGUGAGGGCUGGAUUUACGGCACCUCACUGACCACAGGCUGCUCUGGGCUGCUUCCUGAGAACUACAUCACCAAGGCUGAUGAGUGUAGCACCUGGAUCUUCCAUGGUUCAUACUCCAUCUUAAAUACGGUGUCAUCCAGCUCGCUCACAUUUGGUGAUGGAGUAUUAGAGAGGCGGCAGUAUGAGGACCAAGGACUUGGGGAGACAGCGCCUCUCACUAUCAUCUGCCAGCCCAUGCAGCCCCUGAGAGUCAACAGCCAGCCUGGGCCCCAGAAGCGAUGCCUCUUUGUAUGUCGGCACGGGGAGAGGAUGGAUGUUGUAUUCGGGAAGUACUGGCUAUCCCAGUGCUUUGAUGCCAAAGGCCGCUACAUACGCACCAACCUGAACAUGCCUCAUAGCUUACCUCAGCGGAGCGGCGGUUUCCGGGACUACGACAAAGAUGCUCCAAUCACUGUGUUUGGGUGUAUGCAGGCGAGGCUAGUGGGUGAAGCCUUGUUAGAAAGUAACACCGUCAUUGAUCACGUGUAUUGCUCUCCAUCCCUACGCUGUGUUCAGACUGCACAUAAUAUAUUGAAAGGUUUACAACAAGACAAUCACUUGAAGAUCCGGGUCGAGCCAGGCUUAUUUGAAUGGACAAAGUGGGUUGCUGGGAGCACAUUACCGGCAUGGAUACCUCCAUCAGAGUUAGCUGCGGCCAACCUGAGUGUUGAUACAACCUACAGACCUCACAUUCCAGUCGGCAAAUUGGUGAUUUCCGAAUCCUAUGACACCUACAUCAGUAGAAGUUUCCAAGUGACAAAAGAGAUAAUAAGUGAAUGUAAAAGCAAAGGAAAUAACAUUCUGAUUGUAGCCCACGCAUCUUCCCUGGAAGCCUGUACCUGCCAACUCCAAGGCCUGUCCCCUCAGAAUUCCAAGGACUUCGUACAAAUGGUCCGGAAGAUCCCAUACCUAGGCUUUUGUUCCUGCGAAGAACUGGGAGAGACUGGAAUAUGGCAGCUGACAGACCCGCCCAUCCUUCCCCUCACCCAUGGACCCACAGGGGGCUUCAACUGGAGAGAGACCUUGCUGCAAGAAUAAGCCGCCUGAGUGCUGGGAAGAACUGGCCUAUUGCAGAUGAGUUCUCAGGAUGUUCAGUAGCAGUGGAAGAGCCCACCCUGCAUUCCACAUGGACAGCUCAGAAUCAUUUAGCAUAUUUCUUUUCACGCUAAGGGUCUUACAGUGAGACUGUGUCAAUGAGAGAAAGGCAUGAUUCAGAAGGAGAAAAAAAAAUCUGUCUUCUCUGGACUUGCCUAGCUAACAUGGCUUUGGAGAAUUGUCUUCCCAAGCUGGGGCACCUGCUGCCGCAGAGACUACCAUCCUUCUUCAGGCUAUGCAUGGCUAAAGAGCCUCACUCUUCUCCCAGAGAGCUGCCCCCACCCUCCAGAGACAUGGCAAGGGGAAGGACUGUGUUUCGAAUCCAAAUGGGGAUGGGAUAGUCUUUUGUACUCCAUUGGCAAGUUAGGCAAAGCCACACUGAGGAGUGCUUUGGUGGUUAUUAGAAACCAUAAGAAUAGUCCUUGGCUCCUGCAGCAGAUUCCAUCCCCAGCAGACGCCAUUCACUAGCGUGCCAGGCACCUGCCUGAGGACUCCAACCUUCACCCUGGGACCACCACUUGACCUCCAGAGCAGCCUGGCCCUUCAUGCUUCUGUCUGUGAAAUGGGGAGAGAAGCACUUUUGCUCUCCAAAGCACUUUGAGAUACUCAGGGGGAAAUAAAGAAAAAUGGGUGAAGUAUUAAAUGGGAGGUACGGUGACUUGCAGAAUUAUUAGUCAAGUUGAAAUUACCCCUGUGAUAGCCCGAUGAGCUGUGAAAGCCCUAAGCCAGUCUGAAUCAAGAUCUGUCUUUCCACCCAGGCUCUCUGACUGUGUUAAGCAGUUAAGGAGAUUGACAUCUGGAAGGAUGUAUGUUCGAUUCAUUAUUUGGAUCAGCAAAAACCCCCUUUCGUGCAAUAUGGAUAUUUUUAGAAGCUAUACGGAGGGUCGAGUUGUACACACGCAGUCUCUGUCAACUGUAGCAGGAAGUCCCUAGGUAAACCAGUUCUAGGUUCUUUAAGGAGGUCAGGAGGCCGACUGGGACGAUGACAGUUACACAGCGCUGCUCCUUUUGCUGUCCUCUUUAUUUGCUUUUCUGUGAUAAUUUAAAAUAGACGGAAGGUAGGGCUGCUUGAAGGGAGUUGACAGUCACAGCCUGUCUGUGGACCCUCGUCACAGCUGCUUCCUGUAGUUAGAGAGAGUGUGUGUAUUUAAAAAAAAGAAUAAAUGACAAUCAAGUCAAAACGUCACUUAUCAAUGUCUAUUUAAUUGUGUGAAUAGCCAUUAGGGCCCCAGACGUAGCCUGGUAUCAGAUAGUUCACUGUGUAGCGUGUAAGAUACUUAGAGAAAUAUUUCGCCAGUGUUCCAUUUGGGUAAAUAAGCUGUGAUUUUUGCUAGUACAGAAAGAACAUGGGCCCAGCUUCCGGCGUGGAUGGAACCCAGUGGUGACGUGUUAAUUAUGUUUUAACCUUAAAAUAUCUUGGAGGAAAGACUGAGUAAAAGUCUCAAAGGAAGAGUCACGGUACGGUCACUGUGAUGUCCCUGUCACUCAUUCCUCUGGCCUCUGUAGUGAAGCAAACCCACUGUUCACUCAGAUUCAGAAUGGUUCACCACUACCUCUCUGGAUUUGGCGUUCCCAGUAAAUAUCAGAGUUCCUUGAUUCUGUCAAGAAGCCAUGGGUAGUGUCUGUGACUGGAAAAAACAAACAAACAAACAGUUCCUCCUCGGUUUUCCUCUCGGCCUCUUUCAGUUUUCUUAGCCUUAAGUGUCCAGGUAAAUGAAUCACUUUGAUCGGGCCACAUUCUAUCAUCCUUAAUUCAAUAUAGACAGAGUCCCGGGCAAUUUUGACAGAGCCAAAGAGGACAGGAUCUGAAGUAAGUUUCUGAAUAACUUAAGUGGAAAACUCUUGAGUACAGAAACAUUUAAUUACCUAAAUUGCUUAUCAAAAUGGCUGGGUGAACUGUAUUCAAUUAACAUCUUAUUGCAUGCUGGCCUACUUAAAAAAAAUUAAACAUCGGGUCCAGCUGAGCAAUCCUUUGAAUCACAUUGAAUCCGUGUGUAAAGAGACAUCCAUAUCAUCAGAUUUCAUAUGCGUAUAAAAGUUCCCUGCUGGCAGUAGACCCUAAGUGGUGGUGAGUUCUUUUUGAUCUGUAGCUCACGUUUAUUAGCUCAAAUGAUAUUUGGGAGAAGGAAUGAGUUGGGGACAGGGCAGAGAAAAUAAAAGAAAAUUUUCAUGCCCCUCCCCUUUGUUUUUUGCGAGUGUUGGAAAGCUAUCUGAUAUCUGAAAUACACCAAGGGAGAUGAAAUUAGUGAAAGGGUUUACUAUGGUAUUACACGUCUAAACAGCAUCCUUCUUUAACAAGCGUGAGCAUGCUCCAGUAUUAUUCCUAGGUAGGACUUUGUCCCCGUGGUUUCUUCUGUGGACUGGCUGGAAUCAUUGGCGAAUGUUAAUGCACGCACUGGGACUGUUCUUUUCCCAGGCUCUCCUCACCAUCGCUGCCUGACUAUGAGGAGCCCUUUGCUUCACCCCAGAGUGACAAUAGCGUUUAGAUAAAUGUGUCUUUCCCUUUGCAUUAAGAUUCAUGCGAUCUGAAUGGCUGAUUAAGUGGCCAGCUGAUGGCUGAGAAAAGAGCUUAUUUUUUACCCUCCAGUGAAAGGCCUGGGAGACUUUCUACUUCUUAUUUUAAUUAUACUUUAACCAAAGAAUUAUUUUAAAGUAAGCUUAUAUUUGAAAGAUGAUUUUGCAAUAAAUAAAUAAAUUAAUUAAUUAUAAGCGUGCCUUCUGGAGCUAUGUGGGUUUGGUACAUCGCUGUUGAUCAUUUUCUUGCCAGUUUUGUUUGGAAUACAUGUAGAUGGUCUUCCUGCUGUGUGUAGCUCUGCCCUAGAUGUAUUUUCCUCCCUCUAUGAGCUGCAGUCCUGUGAAAAGGAAGUCUUUUAUGUCAGCUAUCUAAUGUCACGGGGAGCUCAGUGAAUGGCGACAGGGAGAGAAGUUCUUGUCUCGCUGCCUUUGUAGAAAAGUUUGCUUCCGUGCCCCAAACGCGGCAUUCCUCUGUAACCCAGGCGCUGGGUCUCACUUCACAGUGGUGAUGAAUUGCUCUUUUGAAUCUCCUCUCAGUAUAUUCAUGUGUUAGAAUACAGAUGAGCCUCCCACUGAGCUUCGCAGGGUCGGCACAGUCAACUGUACCAAAUCUGCACAGAGCUGGAUAAUGAGACUCCCGGAGAUUUGCAUUUAAAUUGUCAUCCGGCACAUGCCAAGUGAGGGGGAAAGGAGAGGGGUCUAGUAUGAUGAGCCUGUGCUGCUGCAGGGGACAGACUGGCAAGGAGGGCAGGGGACAGCCUGACCUGAACGUCUGUUCAGGUGACUGUCCAUGUUACAAAGGCGAUGGGGGGUGGGGUUGUUAGGCGAGUGUUUUUCACCGUCAGACACAGGACUGAAAUUGGAUUUGCUUCUGUAACACUUCACCAUUGAUUUCUGGGAAAGUGACCAUAGGCAUUGCCUCUCAAUGCAAAGAACUGGACUGUUACAUACGUAUAGUGUUUGGUUUGCUGUGUGUAGGUAGAAAAUUAGGGUCAUUCGUAGUCAAAGAAUAUACAGUCAGUUCUCACAGAUAUUUGCUCCUUAACCGCCAUUACUUGCACAGAAAUUUUGCAGCUGUUCAACUGUUGGAGGACUCUGUACCGGAUAGAUGUGUAUAAUGGAAACAAUGUAUACUGGAAUAGAUGUAUAUAAUGGAAACAAUGUAUACUGUUUCCUUGAUUGCCAACGAGAUGAGAGCAGCAUCCCAAAGCCUUUGAGUUACGCGUACACCAUUCUGAACCUGCUAUGUUGGAAACGUGUGUCAGUUUCUUUCUCACUUAUGAGACUUUUGUAUCACUUCUUUUCUAUGUGAUCCCGAUGUAUUUAUUUAGGGAAAAGUUUGUAAUUACAAAAAUAGAGAGAAAACCACACCCAGCCGUACUGCCAAAUUCCUUGUACAUCUCCUGCGGCAUUUGUGCUUGCUGGCUGAGAAGCUGAUCUUCCUGACAGAGCUGUGACAGCAUUGUGAGCAGUUCACCGCAUUCUAGGACCAUAUCCGCUGAAAUGGUUCACAGAUGAUGUAAUAAAAAGAAACUGUCCUCAGUCAAUCCAGAACAACUGCAGAUUAAA